AUGGCGUCUACUUCAACCUCUGCUUUGCACUCUUCUGAGUGCCGUGGCGAUGACCGACCCGACAGCUUUGCUAAGCGUGCCAAAAUACCAUGGCGAGGCAACCUUAGCAAACGUUCUAAAAGAGCCUCUGCGGCAAAGAGAAAGCGGGAGGAGGAAACCGAGAGCCCGCAUCGAAAAGCGACUCGCAAUGCAGCCGACGCCGCUGCAACUUUCAUUCGACGGUCCCAGGAGAUCACGGCUGAGAAAGCCCCACGUAACGCAGCGAAAUCUGCGGCAACGUCCAUUCGACGGUCCCAGGAAUCCAUGGCUGACAAAACCGCACGCCAUGCAGCCGACGCCACUGCAGCUUCUCCUGCAAGGGCGUCGGAAAGUUCCGCGCAAAAGCGCACAAGGCGGCAACGCGUUGCAAUUUCAACUUCCGCUGCUGGAACUAGAUUUGACGAUGAACCGUCUUUUACAGAUUUGUCCGAGCUGCUUCUUGACCAUGACCGCCUCAUGAUGAUAUUCGGUUCGCCACGGCCAGGUACUCCUUCGCUCGACCGCCUCCCGUUGCUGACUGUCUCCGCGAUGCUGGUGAUGAAGGUGCCUGUUUGUCACGCUCGUGUGACACAAUUGCGGUCCGGCUAA